AUGGCUGCUUAUACGAACGAAGAAUAUUACGAUAUGCUGAUGGUACUCGGAGAGUGCCACGGGCAAUAUUACGUUGCUGCAAGACGAUACGCCGAAUUAUAUCCCAAUCGAGCAAGACAUCCAAGACCCAACGUUAUACUCGAGGCAGCUCAAAGGCUAUAUGAAACUGGCAGCGUCUUACAGAAGAAGAAAGACGCCGGCAGACAUCGCAAUGCAAGAAAUUUGCAGAACGUCGAAACAGUCCUUCGCGCUGUCGAGCAAGAACCUGAAAUUAGCAUUCGGGAUAUUGCUCGAGAAUAUCAAUUAUCUUAUUCCACCGUUCAGAGAAUACUUAAAGAAGAAAAAUUGCACGCCUAUCACUAUACUCGGGUGCAACAUUUACGAGAAGAAGAUUAUCCUCAGAGGAGAAGAUUUUGCGAGGAUUUCUUAAGAAGAGUAGACGAAGAUCCCGAAUUUCCUUCUCGUGUAAUAUUCAGCGAUGAAUCGUUGUUUACACGAGAAGGAAUUUUUAACUCGCACAAUAUGCAUGUGUGGGACGAAGAGAAUCCUCGUGUGACACGAAUCAGAAAUUAUCAAGUUCGUUGGAAACUGAACGUCUGGGCUGGAAUUAUGGGCACAAACAUAUUGGGUCCAGUAAUUCUUCCAGAUACGUUAAACAGCGUAUCGUAUUUGGAAUUUUUACAAGAAAAUCUACCAGACUUUUUGGAACAAGUACCACUAGAACGCAGAAACCAAAUUUUAUUUCAACAAGACGGUGCUGGACCACAUAAUGCCAGAAUCGUUACAAAUUUCUUAAAUCAGCGAUUUCCUGGACGUUGGAUAGGACGGUACGGCCCGAUACAUUGGCCUGCAAGAUCCCCGGAUCUCAAUCCAUUAGAUUUUUUUUUGUGGGGACAUUGCAAAGAAAUUGUUUACAGACAGCUUCCCGAGGACAUCGAAGAAUUAAAUGACAAACUUCACUUUGCGAUUUGGGAUGUCGACGACGAAGUUAUGGAAAAAACUCAAGAAAAUUUAUUAAGACGCAUGAGAGCUUGCAUCGCAAUGGAUGGUGGACAUUUUGAACACCUAUUAUAA